UCUACUGAUGAGCCAGUGCCAAAAUCUGGAAGCAUGAAGGGUUACAUACACAUUUUCCAGUCCUUACCUGACGAUGACCCUCCUGAGCUCUUGGAAUUACACCCUGAGACCACAAGGGGCUUCAGGGAGAUCCAGGGCCAGAAGUUCAUUGAUAAACUCAUUGCCAUGCAACCAAGACCUACCACAACCGGCCUCAUGUUCAGUCGGGAGCAGAGUGAGGAUGAGCUGGUGAUGGAAAUUUUAUCUGACGUGGUAAAACGGCUGCCACUAUCUGUGGAGAAGGAAGAAUGUGCUGGAACUCCAAGCACGUUGAAGUGCAUCAUGUUCAGCCCCAUUUGGGAGUCUUUUAACAAAGAUCUCAAAGCCUUUCUUAUUGCUGUGCUUCAAGACUAUGGAAGGUCCCAAGGAAUCUCUACAGAUGACCUGACUUUUACCUAUCAUGUGAUCUCUGACACCACUGACAUGAAAGAUGAGGAGUUCUCCAUAAUCAUCCAGAAGAAACUCAGCAUAGUCAGGAGAGCCUUUAAGGUACUGGAGUACUUCAAAAGUUGGAAAGAGUAA